AUGUUUGAUUUUCAUGUUAUGUUGACGAUAGUUAUCUUUUUAUUUGUUGUUACUUGUUCGUCUACAUAUUGUAUGGCUGGGUAUUACCUAUCUGUUACCGGUUCUAGUUGUCUAGUUUGUCGCUCAGGAUUUUUCUGUCCAGAUGGAUUAGACGAAUAUCCUUGCCCAAAAGGUUAUUAUUCAAAACUCAAAGCCGUUGAAUGUACCCUUUGUCCCGACGGGCAAAAUGCACCAAACAUUAUGUCAACUGUUUGUGUUUUAUGUGCUCCAGGGACUUAUUCGUAUGGAAACAACAAAGAAGUUUGUACCGAGUGUUCUGCUGGGACUUAUUCUGUUUUAGGUUCAUCAAAAUGCAGCAAUUGCUCUUCUGGGACUUAUUCAUUUUCUGGAUCUUCAAGUUGCACGCCGUGUUCAGAUGGUUAUUAUUCAUUAGGAGGGGCUUCGGUGUGUAGACUAUGUCUAAGUUUAUCAUGUGUUUCUUGUGGUUCAACAACUGGGAAGUGCACUUCAUGUUCAUUGGGAAGCGGCUUUGUGUCAGAUGGAGUUUGCAAGGCUUGUGAAGCAGGUUAUUACUCACCAGGUGGUACUAUUUCGUGUUCAAAAUGUCCUAUAAAUACUUAUGCCAAAACUAGUAGCGGUAGUUGUUCAAGUUGCAAAACAACAUGUAAAACAUGUGAUUCAACAAAUGGGGAUUGUUUGACUUGUUACAACAAUUCGUUUGUUUUAAAUGGUCUUUGUGUGAGUUGUCCAGCUGGUCAAUAUUUCAAUUCAAAAAGUUGCUCUAGUUGCCCAGAAAACACUUAUUCCUUGCAAAACAGUUCGACCUGUACAAACUGUUCUUCGUGUGUAACAUGUGACCAAACAAAUGGACAUUGUACUUCUUGUAAGAAUGGAUGUGAUGAUUGUGUUGCUGGGACGUAUGGUGAUGGCAUUAAAUGCACUCCCUGCCAAACAGGUACAUUUUCAAGUGUAUCAGGAAGUGCCAGUUGCAUGUCAUGUCUUUAUAAAUCUUAUUCAAAUACAACUUCUUCAAUUUCAUGUACAGAAUGCAACUAUUAUUGCACUUCGUGUAAUGGGGAAAAUGGAUUCUGCUCUACUUGUAUGGAUGGUUGUGUUUUAUCAGGAAAUUACUGCAUUCCGUGUCAAGCCGGAACAGCAACAAACAAAGAUACAAACACAUGCGAUGUCUGUCCAGCAGGAACGUAUUCACACAAUCAAUCAACAACUUGUUUACUUUGUCGGGAUGGGUUUUAUUCAACAGAAAAAUCAUCAAUUUGUUUGCAAUGCAAUGUUAAUUGUCUCUCUUGCAACAACACAAAUGGGAAUUGCACGACUUGCAUUUCUGGGUAUGGUUUAGAUGAGUUGUUCAAUUGCCACAUUUGUCCAGUUGGUACUUAUGCAAAUUCAGCAAACAACAAAUGCCAACAAUGUGGAGACAAAACAUAUUAA